UUUCUUUCGCAUAAUUAAGAGGAAACUUGUAUUGCAGGGCUCUCUCUCUCUCUAUCUCUCUCUCUCGCUUUAUUCCCCAAUCUCCUUCGUGUUCGAUGCAGAGAUGAAGAACAGCCGUCGUUAGUCUCGAAUUCUGUGAUCUGUGUUUUUGAUCUGAUGGAAUCGGGGGGCAGAGAGAGAGAGAGAGAGAGAGGUGAUAUGGUGGAAUGAGGUGGAGAUGGCGAGGGGAGUGAAAUGGGGAUGCUCGUACAAGAGAACCACUCUUAUAGUUUGCUCCAUCAACAUUGUUGUUGCUCUUUACGUUCUUCGCUCUCUCUAUGGUUCACUCUACAUUUACUCCAAUAAUGAUUUAAAAAACGUUGUAAAUUACACACCGGAUCAGAUUAAUAGGAUGGAGGAAUCAAUUCAGAUACGAAGAGCUAAUGAACCUCUAGAGCUUGUUAAAUUGGUGAAGCAACUCAAUGAGGAGCUUAAGACAGAUGAAAAGGCCGUUGAGUUGCCAAUGGAGGUCAGAAGGAAGAUAACUGAUGAGAUUUUGCAGCGGUUGAGAAGUUUGAACGCGAAUGCCAAUAUCACCGAGCAACGAGAAGCUGUUGAAAGGUGGCGCAAAGAAAAACUGCUUGAAGUCAAACAAUUGAUCCGUGGAAUAGGGCUACUGAAUUCAACUAUCCUGCAAGAACAAACCAGGAUGCUAAUAAAAGCCUUGGACUCUGAUUGGGCUGUGCUGUCCGAGAACAUUGGCCUUUGGAUGCCUACUGAAAUCAUUAACCAGGAGCAUGACGAUAAGCCCGAGGGUGAAGAGGACGAUGAAGAAAUUUUACCUGGAAGGCCAGUUCCACCUGAAUGCCAUGCUGAGCUUCAUACUGAUUAUGAUGGUGCAGCUGUCAGAUGGGGCCUUACCCACCAUAACGAAAGUGCAGCUGACUGCUGUCAAGCUUGCUUAGAUCAGGCAAAACGAGCAAAGCCAGGCGAAAUGAAAUGCAACAUAUGGGUCUAUUGCCCAUCUGAAACAGGAUGCUACUCACCAGAUAUCUAUCAACAUAAGAAUCAGGAGUGCUGGCUGAAAUAUGCUGAGAAGCCAAAACUGAAUUUUAAGGACAGGUAUUCUGAAUCAUAAAGGUAAAAAGACAGUGGAGUACUUGUCAUUUGCCCCAGACAACGAGUUAUUGAAUGCCGCCGAGGUGACUAUUGAGUCCAUACCAGUUUCUGCAGCCACGAUGCUGUGCGAUAGGAUGUUCGAGGGGAUAUCGGAUGCUUCUAAUCCCCGCUUUUUGGCCUUCGUCAGCCAUCUGGUCUACUCCAUCAAGCAACAGAUGGUCUUGUGCUCGUGCUUCUUGGAAGACCUUGGAGACAGUUUGAGGUAGAUAUUCCUCAUGAGUUCGGUGGAACAACGUAUUGCUGAGGAACGCCAGGGCGAGAAUAUAGUUGCCACUGGUAAUGCCCGUGGGCACAUUAUCGAGUUCAAAGGGCAAAUCGAGGACCUCACCAAACAGCUGGGAGAGAUGAGGAAGGAGGUCACCAGGCUUCCCAAUGAGCUUCUGUGGUGGAGUCUCAGCGAGAUGAAGCCUUUGCACAACUGUCUGCCUUGGAGGAGACCCAUUGUCAGCGCGAUGAGGCCGAGGCCCAGCACGAUGAUGCUUUGGCUUGUAUCGCUUUCCUCCAGCAAAAGCUCAACAAAUAUAUUGAGGAGCUGAGGGGCAUGACUUUGGCAGCAGAGGAAUCCCGACUUCAGCAAUAAUAAUUCCGCCAAGAGGUUUUUGCCCUAAACGACUGCUGAGGGAUGCUCGGGCUAUAGAAGAUAAGGUUUGGCACGCCUAUGAGAAGUGGUUGUAGGAAUAUCGAGACCCUUCAACUCUGAAGGAGAAAAUCCAAUAGGCCUUUAAAGCGCGACUAAAGGAGAGGGUAUAAAAAGGGCUUCAGCAUGGUGGC